AUGGACUACUAAACCGGGCCGUAUCUGGCUGGGUUAGAGGCUUUAUAAAUCUCAGCGUCUAGACAAAUUCGUAUGUAACCCUAGCGAAAUUACACUCGGAGCCGCUCUGCGAAAGCAUAAACGAUCCCACCAGAGAAAGAAAUGUCGACAGUGGGAGAGCUUGCUUGCAGCUACGCUGUUAUGAUCCUUGAGGACGAGGGUAUUGCCAUCACGGCCGACAAGAUCGCUACAUUGGUCAAAUCAGCUGGUGUGAGCAUUGAGUCAUACUGGCCAAUGCUAUUCGCCAAGAUGGCUGAGAAACGUAACGUCACUGACCUCAUCAUUAACGUUGGUGCUGGUGGUGGAGGCGGUGCUCCAGUUGCUGCUGCUGCUCCAGCUGCCGGUGGUGGUGGUGCUGCUGCUGCACCUGCCGCUGAAGAGAAGAAGAAGGAAGAAGUAGCUGAAGAGAGUGAUGGAGAUUUGGGUUUUGGCUUGUUCGACUAAGCAGCCAGCAAUCACUUACGUUUCUUCUUUUUGGUUUUAUCUGUUUCGAGACCUUCAUGUUUUGUCGCAUUGAACUACUACUUGGAUUGGUCCACUGCUCUAAACAAGUUUUAGUUAUUUUA